AUGCGCUAUUCAUUUCCAGUUUGUUUUAUCGCUGAUUUCGUGAUAUGCGUUGCCCUGUUACAUGUUGCGAGAUCUUCGUUGCUCAUAAGCGGUAACGAAACACCAUCUGUCAACAUUAAUCACUGCGACAAGAUCUUGGUUUGUAACUGUGACUUAAAUCAAGACUCUAAUGUCAGCAAGGCCAUAAAAGCGCUUGAAACAAAGCUGGAAAAACUCAUUGCUUUGGUUAACAGAACCGCGCCUCCGCAACCACAACAAGCACCAGACUUCUGUGACGCGGACCAAUGCCGCACCUUGGAGUUUGCACCUGAAAAAGCAUUCGAUGGUAUACGGCUGAUCAAUCAUUUGAUCCGCGUCGUCGAAGUCAAUGUUGCAAGAUUUUGUGAGAACGUCUGCUACAUGGAACCUGACUGUGUCAGCAUUAAUCUUGAUAAAAGGGCAGAUAGAAAUGGAAAUUAUAAAUGUGAGCUGAAUAAUGUAACUCGUGAAGGACACAAGAAGGAUCUGAGGGAGGAACAAGAUUCUUUUCAUCAUUCAGCUGAGAGCGCCUGUGUUACAAACCACUGUAAGAAUAAUGGCACUUGUCAGAGCGGUUUUACUGACAAAGGUUAUCGCUGUUUGUGUUCUGCUGGAUACAAAGGUAGCAACUGUGGUCAAGACGUUGACGAGUGCGCUAAAAGAACACAUACAUGUAGUGCCAAUGCUGUGUGCACCAACACCAAGGGAUCGUUCAAGUGUACAUGCAAAACUGGAUACUUAGGAUAUGGAAAUAUUUGCACUAAACCCUCAACGUGCAAGGAAAUCUUCGAUCAUAAUAUAUCGAACAAGAGUGGCAAGGUUAAUUUGCACUUAGACUCAAAACCAAUUUCUAUUUUCUGUCACAUGGGAGACUUUGGAUGCGGAGAUGGAGGAUGGACGCCGAUCAUGAAGAUUAAUGGCAACAAGUAUACCUUCCAUUACUCUUCCCAUUUCUGGAAGGACAGAAGGACCUAUCAAGAUGCUGCUGGCAAGAAUGGCUUUGACUUACAGGAAACAAAGUUACCAACCUACUGGAAAACACCCUUCUCCAAGAUCUGCCUCGGUAUGAGGAUUGGACGACGACUCAGGUUCAUCUUUAUCAACAAGACAGCGAACUCUUUGUAUUCAUUGAUCGCUGACGGGAAAUACCGCGCCACCUUACUGGGUCGUGACACGUGGAAGAAGGUGGUUGGUUCGCAAGCCUCUUUGCAGCGAAACUGCAACAAGGAAGGGUUCAAUGUUGUAAGUGACAACCGUGGUUUCUAUAGAGCAAGAAUCGGCAUCAUUGCUAACCAGCAGAAUGACUGCUUUACUUGCAAUUCCAUAAUCGGGUUUGGUACUGCAGGAUAUCUUUUUUCGUGCGGAAAUAAAGCAAAACAUCAGCCUGAUAAUGGAGACAAGAACAUCCGAGCCAUGGGGUACAUCUUAGUGCAGUGA